AUGGGUCCCAAAAAAGGCGGCGGCGGCCAAGCGAAGCAGAGAGGCAAUGCGACUGAGGAGGUUGAGGAGACAUUGCAGGCUGUGGUUCUUGCCGAUACUUUCGAAACUAGAUUCGAGCCUUUUACCCUUGAGAAGCCUCGUUGCCUCUUGCCGCUUGCGAAUACACCGUUGAUUGAGUACACUUUUGAGUUCUUGGCAAACGCCGGCGUCGAGGAGGUUUUCCUUUAUGGAGGGGCUCAUUCGGAUCAGUUGGAGAGAUACAUUAAUGCAUCGAAAUGGAGAAGCAACUCGUCGCCUUUCAAGCAAUUGACUUUCCUCAAGUCAACAUCGACUUCAGUUGGUGAUGUUAUGCGUGAUCUUGAUGGCAAACACCUGAUCACUGGCGACUUCAUUGUGGUUAGCGGUGACGUGAUCAGUAACCUGCCUAUUGAGGGUGCACUGGCAACUCAUCGUGCCCGGCGCCAAGCAGACAAGAAUGCAAUCAUGACUAUGAUCUUGCGAGAGGCUGGUCGAAACCAUCGCACAAAGUCGUCCUCCGUGUCCCCUGUGUUCGUUAUUGAUCCCACCAAAGAUCGUUGUUUACACUAUGAGGAAAUUGAGCAUCAUUCUGACGAGUCAUCUCGCCUGACUAUCGACACCGAGCUUAUUUCAUCUCAUGCGGAGAUCGAUAUCCGACAGGAUCUAAUUGACUGCAAUAUUGAUAUUUGUACGCCUGACGUGUUGAGCUUGUGGUCCGAUAGUUUCGAUUAUCAGUCUCCGCGAAAGCAUUUCUUGUUCGGUGUGCUCAAAGAUUAUGAGCUCAACGGCAAAACCAUCCACACGCAUAUCAUCAAGGACCACUACGCUGCUCGAGUGAGGAAUCUGAAAGCAUACGACGCAGUGAGCAAGGAUAUUAUAUCGAGAUGGACGUAUCCACUGUGCCCGGAUACAAACUUGCUUCCCGGUCACACCUACGACCUCCGCAAGGGCAAUCUGUAUGCAGAACAGGGCGUUACUUUGGCGCGUUCAUGUGUCAUUGGGCGGCGAACGGUUAUCGGGAAAGGCACAAGCAUUGGCGACAAGACGACAGUCAAGGACACAGUCCUUGGAAGGAACUGCAAGAUCGGGAAAAACGUUACAUUGGACGGUGCCUAUGUUUGGGAUGGUGUGGUGAUUGGCGACGGCACAACAGUUCGGCAGGCUAUCAUUGCCGAUAAGGCUGUGGUCGGCAAUAAUUGCAGUGUUGAACCUGGCGCUCUUCUCUCAUAUGAAGUCAAAAUCGCUGAUGGUGUGACUGUGAGCGAAGGCAGAAGAAUCACAAAGGCGUCGAGAGAGGAAGACGGGGGCCUACCAGCGAAUGAUCCGGAUGUGGUCGGUGAAGGAGGUGAAGGUCACGAAUAUUUCCACGAGGAAGACGAGGACGAAGACGACGCUGCAUCCAAUGCUUCCUCAGGACUGGUGUACAACAUGGCGCAGCUCUCUCUUUCUACGGAGUCUAUCUCUACCCUGUCCUCUGAGAUUUCUCAUUUCGGCGGAUCUCGAUCCGAGAGCUUCGGUACUUCGUACUCUGAAGAUGAGGAUGCGGACCAUUUCGUGCACGACGCUGCAGCCAGUGUCUACGACAGUUUGAAGGACGGCGUCACAUCGGACGUUGUGCAGUUGGAAUUGGUCAGUUUGCGGAUGACUGCGAAUGCCUCUGACCACCAGCUCCGACGAGCUGUUGUCACAGCCUUCAUGAAGCGAACCCAACAACUGAUCGAAGGAGGAAAAGGUGCUGGUGAAGCGAUUCGGGACAUUUUCGGCACAUAUCGCGAGGUUGUUGAACGGUGUAUGUUCGAUCGAGACAGCGACGAGAAAACCGACCAGGUCGACUUCUUACUCCUGCUCCAACAGGACCUUGUACAUCGACCUCGCGGCGAGACAGUUCUACUGUUCGCUGCUAAGGAGCUCUACGAUUUGGAGCUCUUCGAGGAGGAAGCCUACGAGCAAUGGUGGGCCGAUGAGCGAUCCAGUGCCAGCGAAGAGAUGAGGCAGGUGCGGAGUCAGACCCAACAGUUCGUGGACUGGCUCGCCAAUGCCGAGGAAGAGGAAAGUAGUGAAGAGGACGAGAGUGAGGAAGAGAGCGAUGAGGAAUGA